ACCUGAAGUGCAAUGGCAGCAAUUGUUACUGGUCUGAUCCCCAUCCUUCGCACUGCGGUGGACGCCAGCACCACCUACAAAGGGCGCACCGUGUGGUUCGGCUUCCUCUGUAUUCGCCUCGUGACGCUUUUUGUGGCUCAAAUGCCUUGGUUUAAACUGGAGUCAGACUUCAGCUGCAAUACCACCAGCGACAGCAUAUGCACUAGAGCCUGCUUCAACCAUCACUUUGACAAACCUGUGGUAAUGGCUUGGAACUAUAUUUUUGUCCUCCUUGUCCUGUCCGUCCUGCUCAUGGAGCUCUUCACUGCCCAUGUACACUCGGUUUUCCAGAAGAAGCACUCUAAAGAGAAGAGCGGAGUGGAAGUUGAAUCUCUGGGCGAGCUGAAAAGUGCAAAUGUCCCUGGCACACCUACAAAAGUGAUCCUAGACAUGCAUAGAAGCAGGAAUGCUGUGCUCUUCUACCUGUUCAGUGUUAUGCUAAGGAUUUUGGUUGAGUUUUGGUUUGUGUAUGUUCUACUUUAUUGGAAUUUGCCUAAACUAAAGCAAAACGUGUUCACUUGUAAUAUUAAUGUCAAAGGAUGUCAAAAUCAAGUGUGUUUGGUGAGGUAUACGGCAGAGAAAUGCAUGUCUAUCUAUGCUCUGGCAUCAAUUUCUGUCCUGGUCAUCAUCAUCAGUUGUAUGUUCUGUGUCUACUUCAUUGGCCAUUACCUCUGUAACUGUUGUACCAAAAGAACCCAAAAUGAGGAAAUUCAUGGUUUUCAAAGUAGGGUUUAG